AUGGUUGAAUUAAGAAGAUCUCUGAGAAGUUCCACUCAAGAAUCGACGAAGGCUCUGGAAGCACAAGGCCUGGUAAAAAGACUGACCGCGUCUAGCGACGUUGGAAAGAAGAAGAAGGCCAAAAAGGAAGUGCUGGAGGAUGGUGAGGAUGACGCCGUCGAUGGUAAAUACGAAUUUGCCGAACCUGAGUUAGAUGCUGUCGCCAUUGAAUCGAAGAAGGAAAGAGAGAAUGGUGAAAAAGAGGAGCUUAUUGAGGACUCUAAAAAGCCUGAGGAAUUGAAAAUCACCGAUGGGGAAAAGGGCGAGGCCGGGGUCGAAAAUGAUGGAGAUGAGGAUGAUGAUGAUGGAAAGGGUACUGAAGAAAUUGAAGUUGGUGACGAGAUUCCUGACAUCAAGUUGGUAAAUCAAGACGGUAAGGAAAUCAGCACUAAGGAGGAGAUUACCGGCAGCAAAUACAAUAUCGUAUUUUCCUACCCCAAAGCCAGCACUCCCGGUUGUACAAGACAAGCUCAAGGUUUCCGUGACAAUCAUGACUUUUAUGAAAAGCACGGCGUAAAGGUAUUUGGCUUGAGUGCUGACACCCCUAAAGCUCAAACUAACUUCAUUAACAAGUAUCUGUUGAAUUAUGAUUUAUGGUGUGAUCCAAAAAAGCAAUUGAUUGAGGUUUUAGGAGCUAAGAAAUCGCCUAGCGGAACUAAGAGAUCUCACUGGAUUUUUAAGGACGGCAAGUUGGUUGACAAGAAGAUCCAAAUCUCGCCGGAAAACAGUGUGAAAGAAGCUCGGAAUUGGAUCGAAAACGACAUUGGCGAAUCUCCUGAUCAAGAGAAUACCUAG